UGAUCCAAAAUGGCCGCCAAAUGAUGAAAAACAUGGUUCUGUAGUACAUCGUCUAAUGUUUAGCUUUAGAUCAUUUGCUUGUCGAAUUCAAUGCGCUUUUGUUUCAAGAAAGCGUUUCUCUCUUUCAAGUUGUUUUAGGAUGGAUUUACAAGAUGUUGUUUCAACCAUCGAGAGAUUUGCGCCAACAUCCCUUGCGGAGCAGUGGGACAACGUUGGUCUUCUUGUUGAACCUUCGGGCGAKCACAAAGUAAAAUCCAUACUUCUAACAAACGAUUUAACAGAAGAGGUUCUCGAUGAAGCGGUUGAAAAGAAAGUCCAGAUGUUGAUAUCUUACCAUCCCCCUAUCUUUGUUCCCUUGAAAAGAUUAACUUUAAGAUCAUUCAAAGAGAGAAUUAUUGUUAAGGCUAUUGAACACAGGAUAGCAAUAUAUUCCCCGCAUACUGCRUUUGAUGCAGUCCAUAAUGGCGUUAAUGACUGGCUGGCUUCAGGGCUUGGCAAGGCUACUGUAAAACCUUUGCACCAAGCCAUGGAGAGUGUCAAAGGAUGUACAAGUAGAGURACAGUGACAGUUGAUGCACUAACUGUAGAAGAUGCUUUAAAAAUCAAAGAAUCGAUGAACAAUACUGGUCAUGUCAGUGAUUUCUCUAUGGAUAAGACAACAAGCUAUGAUGAUAAAGUUUUUAACACUGUAGCUUGGUGCUGCUCUGACAGUGCUGUCUUGCCAAGUCUUUCUACCAUCAGAGAUCAAGUCAAUGUUAUCAAUGUUGUAGUAAACCCUUUAUCAAAGGUUCCUAUACCAAAUACAGGGUCAGGUCGGCUCUGUGCUCUGAGUAAUCCUGUGUCUUUAGAAGAACUUGUCAAACGAGUCAAAGCCCACCUUAACAUUGAACAUGUGCGUCUUGCUACCAGCAAUGCAGGUAAUGCUGAUAAAAUAAUGACCGUUGCACUUUGUGCAGGUUCUGGUGYCAGUGUUCUCAAAGGAGUGAAGGCUGAUGUUUUUCUAACUGGUGAAAUGUCGCAUCAUGAGGUUUUAGAUGCUCUCUCUAAAGGAACUCAUGUUAUUCUCUGUGAACAUAGCAAUACUGAGAGAGGAUUCCUAAAGGUUUUUAAAGGUAAACUAGAGUCUUUGCUUGAUGAUGAAGUGGAUGUAGCUGUUUCUGUUGUCGAUGCRGAUCCCCUACAAGUAGUUUGACAUGAAAAUGUGUAGAAUAUAAUUUGGUAGGCAUCAUUUUGCUUGAAAUAGGUAGAAUUGAAGUAGUAGUAGUAGCAUUUCUUGUUAUGGUAAUUAGUUCAAGGUAAAUUUGGUACCAGUAACUUGACAAUAAUGGGUAAGACAACCAAAAUGCAAAGUUUCUAAUAAAAAAUCUA